AUGAGCCACAGAAUGGACUAUCAUUCGGGUUCUCCGCAUAGGGGAGCUCAAGCUGAGUAUUGCUGCUAUCAACCCAAACUGACCGGAUCCCCCUCUGCAUCCAGGACCGUUGGCUUUGAGUCGACUACCGCAUACAUGAACAGAGGAUAUGCGACGACGCUGAAGAGUGAAUUCGGAUCCGUUCCGAGAUCAUCGGAGAGCCGUUUAAAUUUUUCAGACCCAUUUACCGGGGUGUUGACGAAAAUGAAUGAGAAAGAACUGCUCCAUAGACUGAACGACCGUUUCGCCGGAUUCAUAGAGAAGGUGCGUCAAUUGGAGCAUCAAAAUGAAUUGUUUGAGAGGGAAAUCGAGGAAAUCAAACUAAAGGCACAGUCCCCUGCGUCUCUGGCCCAGGAGCACGAGCUGGAACUUAUGGACCUGAGGAACCUAGUUCAUGACAUCACCCUUCAGAAGCGUCAAAUCGAGAUAGAGCAUCAGAACCUGGAGGAAGAUUUCCUCACCUUGAGAGACAAGUACGAGCAGGAGGCACGUGACCGCUCGGAUGCAGAGAACGGCAUCCUUGUGCUGAAAAAGGACGCCAACGAUGCAUACCUCGCCAAACUUCAGUUGGACAAGAAAGCGCAGUCUCUGGUGGACGAGAUCCACUUCCUGAAGAAGAACCAUGAGGACGAGAUAUCAGAAAUGGUGGCCCAGAUCCAAGAGGCUCAAGUAACGGUCAAGGCGCAUGACUUUGGCAAACCUGACAUCACAGAGGCUCUCCGGGACAUCCGUGUGCAGUUAGAAGGUCACUCCAACAUUCAGCAGGCCGAGGAGGGCUUCCGUGUCCAGUUCGCAAAGUUAACCAAAGCGGCAGAGAGCAACAGAGAGGCGUUGAAGGCGACCCAGCAGGAGAUCCAGGAGAAUAGAAGGCGCCUGCAGGGGAAAACAAUUGAACUGGAAUGUGGGAAAGGAAUCAGAGAGGCCCUGGAAAAACAACUGCAAGACCUGGAGGAGCGUCACUAUGCGGAAAUGAUUCAUUACCAGGACACUAUCAGGCAGCUGGAGAAUGAGGUGACCAAUGCUAAACUAGACAUGUCUGGCUACCUGAGAGAGUACAAGGACCUGCUGAAUGUCAAAAUGGCUUUGGAUGUGGAGAUUCUCUCUUACAGGAAACUCCUGGAGGGUGAGGAGUCCCGUCUGUACACCAUCUCUGACACCCACAUCUCAAUGCCCUGCAUCUACCGCCAGUCCCCCGUCUACACCCUGCCUUACCUGGCCCGGCAGGGAGGGCCCACACGCAGGUCUGAGCCCCAGUACAAGUUUGUUGAGGAGAUCAUUACUGAGACCACCAGAGACAUGGAGAUGUCCGAGAUCGAGGAGACAGGCUCCGAGGAGACGGACGGGGGAGAGGGAGACGAGUUGAGACAGAAGCAGGGAGAAGAGAGUGACAAAGCUGAGAGGAGGAGUGGGGAAGAGAUGGAUGAAGAGAAAGAGAAAUAUAGAGGUAAAGUGGAUGUUGAAGUGGACGACCCAGAGGAAGAGGGUGAACAGGAGGAAGAGUCUAAGAGACAGCAGAUGGUAACAUCAGCAGAGGUCGAGGUAAAUGGAGAUGGAGUUAGCCCAAGCGAGGGAGAAAAUGGAGAGGAGGAAGAUGAUGAAAGAGAGGAGGAAAAGGGGGGUGAGCCAGAUGCAAUCAAAAAGACAGAGGACAUUGACAGAGGUGAAAAUACACAAAGUGAAGUCAAAUCAGCUGAGGCCCAGUGA